AUGCAUCCACCCUUCAGCCAUACUGGAACCUCAUUCCCAUUGGCGUGCAUCCACCACUCAGCCACACUGGCAUGCAUCCACCCUUCAGCCAUACUGGCACCCCUCAGUCCCACUGGCGUGCAUUCACCCUUCAACCAUACUGGCAUCCCUCAGUCCCACUGGUGUGCAUCCCCACUCAUCCACACUGGGAUGCAUCCACCCUUCAGACAUACUGGCACCCCUCAGUCCCACAGGCGUGCAUCCACCACUCAUCCACACUGGGAUGCAUCCACCACUCAGCCACACUGGCAUGCAUCCACCCUUCAGCCAUACUGGAACCUCUCAUUCCCACUGGCGUGCAUCCACCACUCAGCCACACUGGCAUGCAUCCACCCUUCAGCCAUACUGGCACCCCACAGUCCCACUGGCGUGCAUCCCCACUCAUCCACACUGGGAUGCAUCCACCCUUCAGCCAUACUGGCACCACUCAGUCCCACUGGCGUCCAUCCACCACUCAGCCACACUGGCAUGCAUCCACCCUUCAGCCAUACUGGAACCUCUCAUUCCCACUGGCGUGCAUCCACCACUAAGCCACACUGGCAUGCAUCCACCCUUCAGCCAUACUGGCACCCCUCAGUCCCACUGGCGUGCAUUCACCCUUCAACCAUACUGGCACCCCUCAGUCCCACUGGUGUGCAUCCACCCCUCAGCCAUAUUGGCAUGCACCCACCCUUCAACCAUAUUGGCACCCCUCAGUCCCACUGGAGUGUGAUCCACCACUCAUCCACACUGGCAUGCAUCCACCCUUCAGCCAUACUGGCACCCCUCAGUCCCACUGGCAUGCAUCCACCACUCAGCCACACUGGCAUGCAUCCACCCUUCAGCCAUACUGGCUCCCCUCAGUCUCACUAG